AUGAGGGCUCCCGCUGUGGAUUUCUCUUUUGCGCUUUUUCUCCUCCUGGUGGAUUUGGUGGUGGCUCAGCCCGACGCUCGGUUCCGGGCCGCGGGCUCCAGACGCACGGUGCUGCGGCGGCAGAGCACCAGGCUGCCCCUCUACAUGAUGCAGCUCUACCGGACCAUGCUGACCGACGACCGGCACGCAGGGAUACCGGCAGCCGGCAUCGUGAGCAGGGCGGAGGACAACCUCGUUCUGCACGACUCCGACGCGGUGGUCAGCCUUGUCGCUAAAAGUUGUCAUCAGAUUGGCAAGAGGUGGUCCGUCACCUUCGACCUUUCCUCCAUUACUGCAAGUGACGAGGUCCAGCUGGCCGAGCUCCGCAUCCGCCUGCCGGACUUCGUGGAGUCUUCCCGAGCCUCAGUGGACAUCUACCACUGCUCUGAGAGGAACUGCCCGGAGAGCAGGCAGCUCGUGGGACACCUCCGAGCUCAUCCCAGCUCCAUGGUCUCCUCUUCCUCCUGGAAGCUGUUCAACAUGACAGAGAUGCUCCGCCGCUGGCUGCAGGGGGAGCGCUCUGCACCGAGGGUGGAGGACGAGGUGGGAGAGGAGGAGGGCGUCCAGCAUCCUCCAGCUGACCGGGUCAUGAUGGCGGUCUUCUCCAGGCAGAACAACAACAGCCUGCGCAUGCCGACGCUCAUCCGCACGGCAGAGCACUCCAAGUACGUCAGCCUGGAGAGGGAGCAAGUGGCCGUCAGCUCUGGGAUGAGCAGCCUCAGGGCCAAGAGGCACCAUCACACCCAGCAGCAGAGACGUAGACUACCCAGGGCCGCCCAUGCUCACAAGUCCACCGUGGACGAGAAGGAGAAGGGUCCUCUCUGCAGGAGGGUGGACAUGAUGGUGGACUUUCAGAAGAUCGGCUGGAGCGAGUGGAUCGUUUAUCCAAAACGCUACAACGCUUAUCGCUGUGAGGGCCGCUGUCCUACUCCAGUAGACGAGACCUUCACCUCAACCAACCAUGCAUACAUCCAGAGCCUCCUGAAGCUUCACCACCCAGACAAGGUGGCGUGUCUGUCGUGUGCGCCGACCCGCCUGGCGCCGCUCUCCAUGCUCUACUACGAGAACGGGAAGAUGAUCAUGAGGCAUCACGAGAACAUGUUGGUGGAGGAGUGCGGCUGCCACUGA